GGCGAAGUUCAACGGUGGCGCUGGCAGUGCAGUGGCGAAAAGCGUCUUUGUUUUCCGACUUUUCCAGCCCAGAUUCUUUUUACUUUUGUUCAUCUUUCUUUUAUUCAGCACAAGAGGGCGUUACGGCACUCUACAUAGGAUUCUAUGGACAGACGAGGAUAAAGAAGAAUUUCCUGACAAUUUUAUACGAUUUCGAAAGAAAUCAUAGAAGAAGGGAUAAUAUUUCUUGGAUGUGAAGUUACAACAGAGCUACUGUGGAACCAAAAUCUUCGUUUGGUUCUUGACAAUCAUUGGAUCUCUCAUCAGUAAAAUGCAGCACUGCAGCCUUGCUUUCCUGAUGUGAAUAAUGAAUUGGGAAUCCUAGUAAAAGGAAAAGAAACAAUCAGCUAUGGCAGUUACUGUUGGGAUAGACCAGCAACUCCAAGAGAUGCUUGCAGAUGUGUUGAGAACAACUGCGAUUGAGGAAGCGUUUGCAGGGUUUGUUUGCACACAGGACUCUGAGAAAAACAAGAUAAUUGUUUGCUUUGAAAAUUUCAUGCGUUUUUGGUCAACAGUUCCUGCUGAGUCUCAAGAACGCAUGCUGAAGCAAUAUGUGAAUCACAUUCACACUCUGACAUCCCAUCAAAGAAUCAGAAUCCUUUGUGAUAUCCUUGCUACAGCUGUUGAUAAAGGGAUCAUUCCAGCAAAGCUAGUGUGUGAAGCAUUGCUUACUUCAAAAGCUCUGGACUACAAAUCUUCUUACAUGUGGUGCCAGUCAUUUCACAUCAUACAGAAGAUUAUCAACAACACAGAUUACAAGGGAUGUCGUGAUGUUCUACGUCUCAUCCUAGAGAUCAUUAAGGACAUUCCUAAGAGUGUUAAUGUAUCAACAGGCAGACAAUUGGAUGCAGUCACCAAGGUUGUACUCCAUAUAAUAGACCGUAAUAACUGUCUGCUACCGGCUUACUUUGCUGUGACUGAGAUGCUUAAAUUGUUUCCUGAGAAUGGACCAGCCAUACAUUGGGCCAUUGGCGAGGAACUUGCAAACUAUGUGGAUUCCUUCAAACCUGUUGCUAAUCUUAUCACAGUUACAGGGCGGAGUCUUUUACUACCUGUAAUUGGUCAUUUCAACAAUACCAGUAAUUCUUGGAGAUUGGAUCCAGUUACGCUUGCUUUCCCCACUAGAGGGCUCCUUCCAUUUGAACCGGAGACUGUUAAGCCCCAGACUGAUCUGUUACGCUAUGUAUUAAAGCAACCCUAUUCAAGGGAUAUGAUCUGCACGAUUCUAGCACUCAAUAAAGGGCAAAAACAGAAGAGUUUACCUCUUGAGGAAGAGAUUGCCAAUUUGCUGAUCAUAGCGAUGGAGAAGGCGGAGCAACAAGAUGGCAAUCAAUCAUCCUGGCCAAUGGCACCCUGGCAACACCUUUCCACACAGCUCAUUAUCUUUGCUCUCUUCCAGUUUGUUAGUUUUCCUAGUAUGGUGGAGUCACUGCAUCAGAAGCUGAGUGGACGUAACCUUAGAAAAGGACGUGAUCGUCUGAUGUGGGUUCUUCUUCAGUUCAUCUCAGGUAGUAUCAAGAAAGCUCCGCUACCUGAUUUCCUACCUGUACUUAGCCUUGCUGAUCUGCUUUACCCUGAGAAAAAGGGUCUUCCUGUACCAGACAUUAACCAAUCCAUGUGUACACAUGUCUUCUCAAUGGCUUGUAUCUGGAAUCAUCUAGACCAUAAGAAAGAAAAGGAGAAAGACAAAGAGAAAUCUGCAUUACAAAGGCCACCCCCACCAGCUAUCAAGACACAUCUUGAAUACUUGCAACAGACAUACAAAACUCAACAUCUCCCUUUAUCAGACUACAGGAUAGCAUUGCAAUUUAAUGCAUAUUCCACUGUGGAUGAGAUGUUGACCAGACCUCUUCAAACCCUUGUGGAUUAUAUAUACUGUACUAAUGCUAACUCCACUGUCCCUUUACCUGGACCGGCUACCUGUGUGGCUGUAGGAUUGACCGUUCCCAUUCCACUCUCACUCCUAGAUUCACUGACCGUUCAUGCAAAGAUGAGUGUAAUCCAUCUGAUUGUUAACAAGAUUCUACAAUGGCACAAACACCCAGGUACAGCACUAUCACCAGCUCUAGUAGAAACAUACAGUCGUCUACUGGCUUACAUUGAGAUUGAAUCUCUAGGAAUCAAAGGAUUCACUUGUAGCGUAUUUCCAAAGGUAUGCGAAGUAAGAGCAUGGGGUAUUCUGAACACUCUUCUUGAAUUGCUGAGCUAUCGUCUCCAUCACAUCCAACCUCACUUCAGAGUUCAGCUUCUAUGUAAUCUACAUAACCUAAGCACACUACCGCAAACCAAUCAUAAUCAACUCUUCUACUGCAUUGAGAGUACAGCCCUACGUAUUAUCUCAAGUCUAGGAAGUGCUGAGGUUCAGCCACAGCUCUCACGGUUUCUCAAACAACCAAAGCAGUUAUUAUCUCAAGAAUCAGAGGAACUGAACAGGGCAGUUGUCCUAACAUUAGCCAGAGCUAUGCAUGUCACAGGUUCUGAGACAUUGAGUGGUAGCUGGUGUACAGAUAUUCUAUCAACGCUAAUCAGUAACACACCACAUAGCUGGGCCAGUCACACUCUCAAGUGCUUCCCAUCAGCUCUUCAGUCAUUCUUUGAGAAGAACAACAUGCCAACAGAGAUGAGAGGACUCAAGAGGGCUAUAGAAGAUGAAUAUAAGAGAUGGACUAGUGUGAUCUCUGAAGCAGAUAGGAUUCGUCAUUUCUCCAAUCCCAGCACACCCCCAUACUUCCUGUGUAUUAUUUGGAAGAUGCUACUCGUCAUGGAUACGGAAUGUAUCUCACCAACAGUUGUUAAGGUGUUGGAGUUGAUAGGACCUCGAGGGUUAUCUAGGCAUAUUAGAACAUUUGCAGACUAUUUAGUUUGUGAAUUCUCAACAUCAGCAGGUGGACAGCAUGUUAACAUGUGUGUUGAGAAGUUAAAUGCCAUGGUAUGGAAACUGAAUAUCAUCACUCUAGAUAGACUAGUUCUUAGUUUGGCUUUAAGAAGUCACGAAGGAAAUGAGGCUCAGGUGGGAUUCUUCAUCAUCCAACUCUUAAUCCUCAAACCAAAUGAGUUUAGGACCAGAGUUAGUGACUUUGUGAAAGAAAACUCUCCUGAACAUUGGACACAGUCUGACUGGCAUAGCAAACAUAUGGCCUACCAUAGGAAAUACCCUGAGAAGUUUUUCUUUGAAGGUUUGUGUGAGGAGACUGGUGCUACGCUACAAACUACCCCUCAGUAUCUGCCAGUUUACUUCAGUAAUGUGUGCCUAAGAUUCUUGCCUGUAUUUGAUAUCCUGAUUCAUCGAUUCCUGGAGCUACCUCCUGUCACUAAGUCUUUAGAAACCAUCCUAGAGCAUCUAGGUGGUCUAUUCAAAUUCCAUGACCGUCCAGUGACUUACCUCUUCAACACUCUUCAUUACUAUGAGAAGAAGCUUAGAGAAAGACCAGGAUUGAGAAGGAAACUUGUUGGUGUCAUCAUCGGAGCUCAGAAAGGCAUCAGACCAAAUAAUUGGUGUUUGACCCAGGCUUAUCAAGACUUCCUUGCCAAAGGACCAGAAGAUCUUGUAUGGACACCAGACCAUGAGUAUUACAUCACAGUCAUCAAGAGACUUGUAGACACUCUAUUGGACAAGUCUCCAUUCCCAGUGUUUGACUGGAGAUUCAAUGAGUUUCCUAACAUCUCAGCUCAUGCAUUACACUGUGUAUGUGUUGAACUAAUGGCUUUAGCAAUUAACCCUAAGGUUGUGGGAGAUGCUGUACUGGACGUUGUCCUUAAGAACCCUUCUGAGCUUCCUCGUGAGAAUGUGAUGAUAUGGAUCAAUGCUAUUGCCCUCAUCUUAACUUCUCUACCAGAAACAUACCGUGAGAUGAUCCAGACAAGGAUAGUAGAGGUCAUCUGCAGGGAACCUUUGGCAGGGUCAAAGGUCAACCUUAUGACCCCAAGGUCAAACCUGAAUCACAUGUUUGCAGAGUUCAGCUUUGCUUCUGCCCAUCCUCUGUACAUGGAGGGAGAGAGUGCUUACGUCAUCGCAAUCACACAUGCUAUCUGGCAUCACUCUAACAUUGGCCAACUGACGCCAUUGCCUCAGUUCCUAAGAGAACAAGUGAAACCUCAUGUGAAGACCGAGGAUCAAUUUCUCUUCAUAUGUCAUAUCAUUGGACCAUUCCUUCAGAGAUUCCAUGAAGAGAGAACUAGAUGCUUGUUAGAGAUUGCGAUAGAGCUGUAUGAUAUGUUACAGAGUGUUGACAGACAUAGUAAUCACAUCUUGCAUGCUGAUACCAUCUGUGAUUUCUUCUAUCAUUUGAAAUACAUGUUCACUGGUGAUGCAGUCAAGGCAGAUGCUGAGAAGGUGAUAAGGGGCUUGAAACCACCUCUCAGAACCAAGAUGAGAUUUAUCAGUAAGGGAGUUGAGAGUCUAGCCGUCAUUUCAAGACCAGCACCAUACAGCAUCAACGCUCUCUAAUGGGUUCAGAGUCUAGCCAUCAGCACCAUACAGCAUCGAUGUUUUCUAAUGAAAUCAUCCCUCAGAAACAAGAUGAGAUUUAUUAAUCAAUUGCAAGUCUAUUUGUGUCACCAAAUUAAUAAUAUAUCUUGCUACAGUUUUCGGUGAAAAUCAUAGACUGUAUGUUUCAUCAAAUGGUUUCCUGUUCUGUAUUGUAUAUCAAUGAUGUGUAAUGAUUAUCAAGGAUUUUACUUGUUUGAGAUUCAGUUCCCUUUGAGCAAAAUCACUCUUAUUCUAACUCAUCGGUUAAGCAGCCAAUCAAAACCUAGGAUUCCAUGGAAAUUUAUAUUUCAUUAUGCCCCUUUUUGACUUUGAAAUUUAUAUUGAUUAGCAAAGUUAUGAUAAAAGGGUGGCAAGACAUUUGCUCCGGUCUUGAUAUCUCAGAGGGCAUAUGGUUAGAGUUAGGAUUGUUAUAGAGUUUUGGUUCAGAAUUAUAUAAAGAUUAGGAUGAGGGUUUAUUCAGUUUGGGAUGUUAGAUUUUAUGUUUUGCCUAACAAUAACAUGCAGACUUUUCUUCAGAGCAAUUGCCCCCAGAGCAAUUGUUUUUGAACUGAUAAAACUGAUUAUAAAACACAUGCAUUGAUCAAUGAAUUCAAAUUCAAAGCAUCUAUCAAAGUGGUGUGCUCAGUUUACAUUCAGGAGUGUGAAAGUUCAGGUUUUUUAGCUGAUUGCAGACCUUUUUUUUCAGCUUAAUUUCAGCUUAUUUUGGGCUUUCCUCUCUACAAAAAGUAUAGGAGCUCUUUCUAUUUCAGACUUUUUCAACACCUCAGCUUUUUUCAGAUCUUUUUAUUUGUGACCACUCACACCCCUGACAUUAGAAUACAUUGCUGAGCCAGAAUGAUAACAAAUGUAUACAUUGUAAUUUGAACAAGUUAAUUUCGAAAACAUUCCUGAAGAGAGAAAACAACAGAAACUGGUGUUAAUCAUGUGCAUAAAGGCAACAAAAAUUCUUUGAAAUUUUAAGACAAAUUUACAUGCUUUGAUUUAUCACCAAAUUUAUUCAAACGUCAUUUAUUUUUGUCCCCCAGGAGAGUUUUUCUUACACAACUGGAUCUUGACAUUUCUGUCCCCCAAGAAAGUUACCAUAAUCAAAAAUGUAAUCACUUUCAAGGCUAGGUCCUCAUGUGUUCAAUUCCUACUAAUGCAAAUAUACUUUGACAUAGUCAAAUCUAUUUUAAUGCCAGUGGGUUUGACAUGAAUUCAAUGUUAAUCAUAGGCAUGAAAUCUGUCUGUUACUGGGAUAUGAUCCCUUGUAUUAUUUAUUUGUUUUUGUCAUUUUGUGACGGGAGAAUGCAUCGUGUGUAUUGUAGUUUUGAUGUUCAUAGCCAUAAGGUGCUUAGUGUAAAUAGCGAAUGUAAAUUGGAUCAUGUAUAGCUACAUUCAUCAUCUUGAUAAGAUGUUAACUAAUGCUGUAAUAUAUUUCCAAUUUUGAUUAUGAAGAGUAAAAACCUGACAAAAAAUUCCAUUUGUGGGAUCAGUCAUAAGUCGAAGUAUUGGAACUCUAAUCCAGACAUGGAAAAAAUUAUUAACCUAUCGUUUUGAGAACAUGGAAAGUAUAAAGAUAAUAAUAGAUGUUACUCUCAACAAUGGAUAACAAAAAGCUAUAUGUAUGACUAGAUUAAUUUGAUUGUAUCUCUGGGAUUAUGUCACAUUGAACACUGGUGAUUAACUGGGUAAGUAGCAUUCUAAAGAGGACAUGUAUUAGAGACAGGGGGGGGUGCCAGGAUAUACAUGUAUGGAUAGGGCUACUAUGACUAAAGGUGACAUUUUUUUCUCAAUUGAAUUACCAGCCAUGGUAAUAUAGAGUUCUACAACACAGACAUCUCUUUGUGAUACAAUUUUUCUUCUCUUUUCUUCCACCUUUUUCUCUUUGUUUGAUCUCGUAUCCCCUUUUUCAUUACUUGAAAUAUAAUAAGAGGGGGAAGGGGUAAAGUUGGCAAACUGUUGCUCGCCUUCCCCCCCCCCCCACCCCCCACCUGUAGCACUCCCCCUGAUACCCUUACUGGGUAUUCAGGAGAGGUCAUUUCUAGACCUUUACCAGUAAGUUCUUGUGUCAUUUUCAAAGACUGUUUGAAACUUAAAGGUAUUGUUUAACUUUGUGAGCAGCCGAUUUAAAAAAUUCUCAAACCAAGAUUAAACAUGUGUACCAGUGCAUGUAUUAGAACUUAUAAACCCUGAAAACAACCAUUAUUGAGAAUGAAAAGCUAAAACUACAAGGCAAACCCCGAUUUUGUAAAUAGGCGUCUUAUAGACGCCUAAAUAGUACACAUAAGUGUAUGGGAUGAAAUUAAGAUGGUGUUUCGGUCACUUUAUAUUUCAAUUUUUGAAGCACUAAAUAAUUAUAUUCUAAUGCAAUUUUUUUCUGGGCUUCAUUUUUGUAACAUAUCACAGACACAGGUGACAAGUGUGACCUUCUAGCUCAGAUUUUUUAAAAGUCAAACCAAUGUUAGCCAAUCACUUUAAGGAAAUAAACUUUCCCACUCUUUAAACAGAUCUCUCUUCUCAUUCCCUUUGAAUUUGAUGACUUUUAUUUUUGCCAGGCAGUGAUUCUUGUUUAUAGUAAAAACAAACCCUACAAUGAGAAAUAUCUUCUUGCAUUCAAUAAUGCUACAAUAUUUACAUGUCAAUGCUUAUUCACUUUUUAAUGUUUACCAACUGCUUUCUUUCUGCCAAAGAAGAGUAGUUGACUGUGAUUUUUUUUAAUGUACAUGUAUAUGAUUUGUAAAUAAAUGCCCUUGCUGACUUAAUGUA